UUCGAAUACUAGGGUUUUCAAUUUUGGGGAAUUCUGGAGCACUGAUCUGGUGCCAAUUAGGGUUAGGGCUUGUAAAAACUGCGCCUUUCUGUUGAAUUUCGUUGACUUGAGGGCCUUGAGGAAGUGGAAGGCAGUGUUGGUGUUGGAUUUGUAGAGAAUUCGGGCGGCCAAUGGUCUUUACCGUGGCUUUUUGGAGGAGUAUUCACUGGUGGUUGAUUGGUUGAAAGGAUCGGCGUUCCGGCAUGUCGUCUUGGGCAGGGCCGGAGGAUGUGUUCCUCUCUACUUCUCUUGCGAGCUACCUUGACAAAAAACUUCUUGUAUUGUUACGAGACGGCCGAAAGCUUCUGGGGAUUCUUCGCUCCUUCGAUCAAUUUGCAAAUGCUGUUCUUGAAGGUGCCUGCGAAAGAGUAAUUGUAGGAGAUCUCUAUUGUGAUAUACAUCUCGGUCUAUAUGUAAUCCGCGGGGAAAACGUUGUCUUAAUCGGAGAACUGGACUUGGAAAGACAGGAACUUCCCGCCCAUAUGAUUUGUGUUUCAGAGGCAGAGAUUAGAAGGGCUCAGAAAGCGGAAAGGGAUGCGACAGACCUGAAAGGUUCUAUGAGGAAGAGAAUGGAGUUCCUCGAUUUAGAUUGAGAGCUGCUGCUGGGCUUGAUUAUUUCCACUAUGCCGCAAAUUUUAUCGCGGUUUGUUUCAGAAAUGAUGUCACUGAAAGCCCACGACUUUUGCUCAUCGUCAUCGUCAUUCAUUAGCUGCUGCAGAGUUAAUAGACAGAAACUUUAAAGUACUUAGAAUUGGACAUUGUUGGUGGUGAAGCUGCCAUGCUAGUCAGCUAGUCUUUGAAUGCAGGGAGGGAGUUCUCACUUCUCAGUGAGAUCCUUGUUUUUUUAUUGAGAUAAUAAAUUGGUUAUUGAGGGUUUAAAUCUA